AUGAUUGGAGCAACGUUAUCCAGCCAUAUCCAAUUGACUGUAGAUCAAAAACUACUGAUCGUGAUCGCCUACGUCAGCGUUUUUUCGAUAUCGACAUCCAUUUCCCGCCAACUUUUCUUCGCUUCUCCAACACCAUCAACCUAUCGAUCCGAGGAAUACCUACGGGGGAGUGUAGCGCAGUCGGGAGGAGGUUCGGCUGCAACUAAAUCAUCGAUGGCUCGACACCGACCUAGUGCCAACCAAACCUCUCAUCCCUCAUUCGAGAUUCUGACUUAA